AUGGACUGUUUUGGAGUCUCAUCUGCCCAAAACUUACAGGCUCUAUCUUCGCUGCUCUCUACUCAGCAGGAGGAAGAGGAGGAUGAAGAUUAUGAACCGAUUAAAACAGCAUGUGCACAACUUGGACCUGGACAUAUUGGCCCCAAACCCAGGAAAGAAAAAGAAGUGUCUACCUACACAAAGAUAACCAGUAAAGAUAUCUGGAGUGAGGAGGAAGUGGUUGAGGGCCCCCAGUAUGAUGAUCUGGCUGAUCCUCGACAACAACCUGAGUAUGAAAUUAUAUUGAAGCAGAAUGUGGGAACACAGGACCUUUUCCUGGGUUUAAGUCGAAAGGACCCAUCUUCAAUGUGCUGUGAAGCCAUGCUGGUGAAAAUAAAACUACCCGACAUAAAGGCAACAGAUAUCAUCUUAGAUAUAAAAGAGAAAUUCCUGGAUCUGCGGACACCAAAGUAUAAACUGGGCCUCCAUCUGCCCCAUCCCAUCCAGAGUCAAGAGGGAAAGGCUCAGUUCUUCGGUGACAGACAGGAGCUGGAGGUGACUUUACUGAUGAAGCGACCAAUGGACUUUAUCAACAUGCAAUAAAAAAGGAAAAAAGCAGCAAGAUCUGAGAUAAACCAAUACUUUUAUAUAUAUAUAUAUAUAUAUAUAUAUAAGUAAUCUCUGUCUUAAUUGACCAAAAGGUGGAAUAAAUAUGCUAUGAUACAUCUAAAUUUUAUUCACUAUGCUUUUAGUUUUUUUUCAGAAUUUAAAAGAAUGCAUGGUUAAAGUAGAUGUUAUAAACCUUUUUUUUUAAUGAAUCAUCCUAUGGAGGUAUUUUAGAAGUAGUUGUAGAAAUAGUAUGACAUUUUAUAUGCUUGCAACAAUGUGCCUGAAGAAUAAAAACCUGUAAUAAUUUU